AAACGCAACUUAGUAAAGCGAGGCGGAGGCGAGCCCCCCUCCCAUCCCAGCCGUCCGCUUCUAAUAUAAGGCGGCCGCCGCGCCGGCCAAGCCUGGCGAUCGCCGAAGCGACGGAGAAAACGACCCAGUUUUAUUCCGUUGCCGUCGCGUGCAUCGGAGAUCCGGGCGGAGAGAUGGCGAAGGGCGGCGGGGAAAGGGCCCUGCUGCUGCCGGUGUCGGCGGAUGGGGCGAAGGGCAACGGAGGAGGAGGGGGAGGGGGCGACGAUGCCGCUUUGUUCAAGGGGUCCGCCGUGACCCGACGCGGCGCCGCCGCCGCGCUCUCCUACAUGUCCUGCUCCGUGUUGCUAGUGAUGUUUAACAAAGCAGCUCUGUCUUCGUACAAGUUCCCUUGCGCAAAUGUCAUUACACUCCUUCAGAUGGUGUGCUCAACGUGCCUUCUUUAUGUUCUGAGACGGUUAAAGAUAAUCUCCUUUACAAAUAGUGAACCAUCAGUGCCUUCCAAUUCGCUAUUCUUCGUGCCGUUCAGGAUAUUGUUACGGACCACACCUCUUUCCUUGGCUUAUUUGCUCUACAUGCUAGCUUCAAUGGAAUCUGUCCGUGGAGUCAACGUUCCUAUGUAUACAACUCUACGGCGCACAACAGUAGUAUUUACAAUGACAAUGGAGUAUUUCUUAUCAAAGCAGAAGCAUACCCCACCUAUAAUCGGCAGUGUGGCUUUGAUCGUAUUUGGAGCAUUUGUUGCUGGAGCUCGAGACUUAUCAUUUGAUGCUCGUGGGUAUGCCAUUGUCUUUGUGGCCAACAUUACAACAGCUGUUUAUCUUGCUACUAUAAACCGUAUAGGAAAAUCUAGUGGUCUCAAUAGCUUUGGCCUGAUGUGGUGCAAUGGACUUGUCUGUGGACCUUCAGUACUGUUCUUGACAUACAUUCAGGGUGACCUAAAGAGGGCAGUGCAAUUUCCCUACCUUUAUUCCCCUGGGUUUCAGGCUGUGCUGCUAUUUUCAUGCAUCCUAGCAUUUCUACUGAACUACACCAUCUUCUGGAACACAAUCUUGAAUUCUGCACUCACACAAUCGAUGUGUGGUAAUUUGAAGGAUUUCUUCACCGUUGGAAUUGGUUGGGUGCUAUUCGGUGGGCUUCCUUUUGAUCUGCUUAAUGUUAUCGGGCAAGGGCUAGGCUUUCUGGGCUCUGGAUUGUAUGCCUACUGCAAAAUUAAAGGAAAGUAGAUAUUGGUGUCGAAUUGGAUCGAAUGGUAGCAGAUAUCGAUGUCCAAUUCGGAGGGGAUAGUGGGUUUUAACGAAAGUAGCGUUGUUAUAUGCUGUUUGCUCCUGCAUAUGGGAGAGAAGUUUUGUAGGUUUUCUCGUAUGUAUUUAUGAACUAAAGUCGUCGGGAAUAGGACAAGAAUGAAAAGCCAUUAUUUGACCAAGGAAAUAGAAUAUACCGAGAUUCGAGUAUUGCUGUA